GAGUGGGCCGUCCCCUUCCUACCGGAAGACACAGCUUUGGAGAGACCAAUCCACUCCRCACUGGAUGAYGAGAAUACACAGCGGACCAAUUAGCACACAAAUACCGAAAAUAGAAUUGAAAUACAAAARUAAAAACAAUUCGGGUCACCGUCUCUCCCCACGUGAAUCAACAGGACCYAUUUCCAAAAAGAAUCCYAACCAAGUUAAGGACACCCGCGGACAAAUUAUUUACAGAGUUUCAUGAUUAACUUUCCACCAAGUAUUUGGGAGUCUUCUUCUUCCUCCSUCUUCCUCAAGCUCCAGCUAUGGUGCUUGCRAGCACCCAGCCUAAUAGAAUCAAGCCUGCCAAUCGCCACACACCCUCGGUGACCCUCCUSAAUCCAACACCCCUCUCUGCACCCCUCCGGAAGCCCAUUGCAGAUGAAGCGUCCACUUAGAGGGGACGGAAGCGCAGCUCCCAAGAAGAAGAAGAAGAAGAAGAAGAAGAAGAAGAAGCAGAAGAAGAAGAAGAAGAAGAAGAAGAGAACCAACUCGAUUAAGAUGGAAUCAAGGAAGGCCUGCCACAUCGAAGACGACUGCGAAGAGCUGAAGCUAAUCCUCCCAUUUUGCGCAUAUCUUGUUCAUCAGACAUUGCAUGAAUCACAGAAUGCUUCUGGCAGCUCCGCCAACCCCAACGGCAGACCAAGAUGAGGAAGCGCAUAUCCAGCGCUGGACAGGGUGACACUGCCCAGCGCUCGCACAGGGGAAGCUACCUGUCUCCAGCUAUGGUUGCCAGCUCCAUGUAGAGAACGAACCCCCGCUCUCAUGAGAAUAGCGCAGAGCCCCAAGCACGCGUCCAACAGCAGUCCCGUGAAAAAAGAAGGAAAAAAAAAAAAAAAAAAGGAACAAAAAGACCCGAGCUAC